AUGCCACAGGAUCCGCAGACUCAGACCUCCUCACUCCCUCAGACCCGCAGACUCAGACCUCCUCACUCCCUCAGAUCCAGACUCAGACCUCCUCACUCCCCUCAGAUCCAGACUCAGACCUCCUCACUCCCUCAGACCCACAGACUCAGACCUCUUCACUCCCCUCAGACCCACAGACUCAGACCUCUUCACUCCCCUCAGACCCACAGACUCAGACCUCCUCACUCCCCUCAGACCCACAGACUUAGACCUCCUCACUCCCCUCAGACCCACAGACUUAGACCUCCUCACUCCCCUCAGACCCACAGACUUAGACCUCCUCACUCCCUCAGACCCACAGAUUUAGACCUCCUCACUCCCUCAGACCCACAGACACCCACAGACUUAGACCUCCUCACUCCCUCAGACCCACAGACUCAGACCUCCUCACUCCCUCAGACCCACAGACGUAGACCUCCUCACUCCCUCAGACCCACAGACGUAGACCUCCUCACUCCCUCAGACCCAGACUCAGACCUCCUCCCUCCCUCAGACCCACAGACUUAG